CCAUCCCCAUCUCCUUCUCCCCCUCGUCAUCAGCACCAGGCCCCUCCGGCCAUGGACCUCACGCAGCUGAUCGUGCAGUUUCAGCGCAUGAAUGCGCCGACUUUCUCGGGGACAGAGAACCCCACAGCUGUGCUUGAGUGGAUGAAAGAGUUGGACAAGAUCUUUGUUGUGCUUCCCCUCCCCGAUCGUCAGCGUGUGUCUCUUGCGGCGUUUCAGAUGAAGGAAGAUGCCUCAGAUUGGUGGAUUGAGCUUUGGGCUCGGAGGCCCGAGGCAGAGCUUCAUGCUCUGACUUGGGAACAAAUGAAAGUGAUGGUGCGCAACAAGUUCCUUCCGCAGAGCUUCUGGGACAGAAUGGAGCACGAAUUCUACCACUUGCAGCAAGGUGGCUCCUCGGUGGAUGAGUACGUCCGCACCUUCACCCGUAUGUGCCUCUUUGCGGGUGAUGCGGUGAACACUGAUGCUAAGAAGGCCCGGAAGUUCCUCAAGGGCCUCAACCAGAGGAUUCGCGAGCUGGUGGGUAGCCAUGGACCGAUGUCAUAUGCUGAUACCGUGAGCCGAGCCCAGGAGGUGGAGAGCUGCCUCAUUCCGGUUGUUCCCAUUCCAUCCUAUCCUCUUGCCUCCCAGCCCCCUCAGGCUAUCCAGUACGCUCAGCCCAUCUCGACCGUGCCGCCCGGCUCUAGCUCGG